CAGAGGAGGAGGACGGAGGACGACGAGGACGAGCUGAAAUGGGCGGCAAUUGAGCACCUCCCCACCUUCGACAGGCUGCGGAAGGGGGUUCUGAAGCAUGUAGCCGACGGCGGUGCAGGGGAAGUUGAGCUGCAGAAAAUUGACAUGGGGAAGCUCGGCGGAACAGAGAGGAAGCUGCUGAUUGAAAGCCUUCUGAAAGUCGCGGAAGAGGACAACGAGAAGCUGCUGCGUCGGAUCCGGCACAGGACCGAUGCCGUCGGGAUUAAGAUUCCAACGGUGGAGAUUCGGUUUGAGGGUCUCUCUGUUGAAGGCGAUGGGUAUGUCGGAACCAGCGCUCUUCCCACUAUGCUCAAUUUCGUGGUGAACACUGUUCAGGUAUGUGCUUAA